UACAGAAUGGGCUGAGGCGGUGGCGGCUGCCGGGAAGAGGUCGACUGCGGGGAGAGGGGCGCGGCACUGGUUUGGGACCCUAAGACACCUAGUUUGAGGAGCGGUGGGGCCGAGAUUUUCUUGGGUCCCUGGGCCUGAUCUCUUGGCGACUGAAGCUUUGCGGGAACCUCAUAUUUGACGGGGGCAUGACAGGAUGUGUGGGGACUCCACCCAUGAUGAAUAAGUGACAAAUAAAGAAGCUGGGCUUGAAAAUGGAGAUGUAUGAAACCCUUGGAAAAGUGGGAGAGGGAAGUUAUGGAACAGUCAUGAAGUGUAAGCAUAAGAAUACUGGGCAGAUAGUGGCCAUUAAGAUAUUUUAUGAGAAACCAGAAAAAUCUGUCAACAAAAUUGCAACGAGAGAAAUAAAGUUUCUAAAGCAAUUUCGUCAUGAAAACCUGGUCAAUCUGAUUGAAGUUUUUAGACAGAAAAAGAAAAUUCAUUUGGUGUUUGAAUUUAUUGACCACACAAUAUUAGAUGAGUUACAACAUUAUUGUCACGGACUAGAGAGUAAACGACUUAGAAAAUACCUCUUCCAGAUUCUUCGAGCAAUUGAAUAUCUUCACAAUAAUAAUAUCAUUCAUCGUGAUAUAAAACCUGAGAACAUUUUAGUAUCCCAGUCAGGAAUUACUAAACUCUGUGAUUUUGGUUUUGCACGAACGCUAGCAGCUCCUGGAGACGUUUAUACAGACUAUGUGGCCACACGCUGGUAUAGAGCUCCAGAAUUAGUAUUAAAAGAUACCUCUUAUGGAAAACCUGUGGAUAUCUGGGCUUUGGGCUGUAUGAUCAUUGAGAUGGCCACCGGAAAUCCCUAUCUUCCUAGCAGCUCUGAUUUGGAUUUACUUCAUAAAAUUGUUUUAAAAGUAGGCAAUUUGACACCUCACUUGCAGAAUAUCUUUUCCAAGAGUCCCAUUUUUUCUGGGGUGGUCCUUCCUCAAGUUCAACACCCCAAAAAUGCAAGAAAAAAAUACCCAAAGCUGAAUGGAUUGUUGGCAGACAUUGUUCAUGCUUGUUUACAAAUUGAUCCUGCUGAGAGGAUAUCAUCUACGGAUCUUUUGCAUCAUGAAUAUUUUACUAGAGAUGGGUUUAUUGAAAAAUUCAUACCAGAACUGAAAGCUAAAUUGCUACAAGAAGCAAAAGUCAAUUCAUUCAUAAAGCCAAAAGAGAAUUCUAAAGAAAAUGAAUUUAUGAAAGAUGAUAGAAAAACAGUUUAUACCAAUACACUACUAAGUACUUCAGUUUUGGGAAAGGAAAUAGAAAAAGAGAAAAAGCCCAAGGAGAUCAAAGUCAGAGUUAUUAAAGUUAAAGGAGGAAAAGGAAAUAUCUUAGAACCAAAAAAAAUAGAGUGUGAAGGUGGACAUUGUCAACAGGAUGCAGUUGAAAUUGCUCAUACUAUGUCUCAAGAUACAAAACCUGCUGUCAGUGAACCACCAAACGCUGUCAAUCCCAGCACUAACGCUAUGGGCAUGAAAGAUGAUCUGCAUGCUGGAGGCUGUAUGGUGAUGCCACCCAUCAAUCUAACUAGCUGUAAUUUGAUGGCUUCAAAUCCCAGUUCAAAUCUCUCCCACUCCAAUUCAAGGUUAACUGAAAGAGCAAAAAAGAGACGUACUUCGUCACAAUCUAUUGGACAAGUUAUAUCUAAUAGGCAUGAGGAUACAGGUCCCACUCAAAGCCAAAUGGAGAAGGGCGUGUUUAAUGAGCGAGCAGGUCAAAGUGACCAAAUGGCAAAUGGAAACAAAAGGAAGCUGAAUUUUUCCAGAUGUGACAGGAAAGAAUUCCAUUUCCCAGAAUUGCCUUUCACAAUACGGUCAAAGGAGAUGAAAAGAAUGGAAGUUAAACAGAUAAAAGUGCUAAAGAGGGAAUCAAAGGAAACAGAUUCAUCUAAAAUACCAACUUUACUUAAUGCAGAUCAAUAUCAAGAAAAACAAGAGGAUGGAGAUGGCCAUUGUAAGGGGAAGAAUUUGAAGAGGAGCAGAUUUUUUUUCUGGUAGUGUCUUUUCUUUUAAAUCUUAAAAAUACAAAUUGGCAAGUCUUCCCUUUUAAUUUUAUAUACAAUAGAAAUGUAACAUGAGCUGUUAAGACAGCAAUUCUUCGGCAUUAGCAUCAUCCAGCUUUGUUUUGUUAGCAAGCCAUUCACUGUUUUCUUCUUCUAAGAAUUCUGUUGAUGUGAUGUUU